GACGCCGCUAGCGAGUCCAGUGAUGGCGGCCACCGCCGCAUCCCGCCCGGACGCCGGUGACCUCCAAGCCUUCCUCCGCGGCCUGCGCACCCACCGCGCCGUCCUCACCGCACACGCCUUCCUCCUCCGCCAGGGCCUCCUCCUCGGCCACCGCACCACCGCCGCCCUCCUCCUCACCGCCGCCACCGCCUCCUCCGCCUCCUCGCGACCUGCCCACCUCCUCCGCCUCCUCCACCACCUCCCCCCGCCCCUCCCGCUCUUCUCCCUCGACAACGCGCUCCGCGCCCUCGCGCCGCACCUCCCCUUCUCUGCCCUCCUCUCCCUCUUCGCCUCCCUCCUCCGCUCCCACCACCCCGUCUUCCCUGGCCGCUUCUCCUUCCCCACACUCCUCUCCAAAGCCGCCGCCUCCUCCUCCCCCCCUCACCACCUGCCCUCCGCGCUCGCCCUCCACGCGCAGCUCCUCCGCCGCGGCCUCCUCUUCUCGCCCCCGCUCCACGCCGCCAACGCCCUCCUCCAUUUCUACGCGGCAGCCACCCUCCUCACCUCCGCCCGCAACCUGUUCGACGAAAUGCCCUUCCGGGACAUCGCCUCCCACAACACCAUCAUGACGGCCUAUGCCGCCACCAUCGGCACCAUCCACGCCGCACGCCACCUGUUUGACGGAAUGUUUCUGCGAAAUGCGGUGUCAUGGAACAUUAUGAUCAAUGGCUAUGUCAAGGUGAAGCGCCCUGAGCAAGCGCUUGAGGUGGUGCGGUGGAUGGCGGAGAUAGGGGUCAGGGGCACAGCUGUGACAAUGGUUGGUGCAGCCACUGCGUGUGCAAGGCUGGGCAGGUUGGGGGCUGGGAGGGAGGUACAUUGCGCUUUCCUGCGCCGUUUUGAGGAGUAUAACCUGCUGUUCUGGACUUCACUGGUUGAUAUGUAUGGAAAGUGUAGGGACGUGGACGCUGCGAGGAAGGUAUUUGAUCAGCUGAUAUUUAGGAAUGUUGUUUGCUGGAAUGCAAUGAUCAUCGGGCACUGUGUAUAUGGAGAGCCUGGUGAUGGGAUUCAAUUGUUCCAUGAGAUGGUUGGGCAAGGGAAUGAUCCAGAUCAUCAGCAUGGGCUGCUACCAGAUGAAGUCACUUUCAUUGGUGUCCUCUGUGCAUGUACCCGUCUGGCCCUCUUGUACGAUGGGAAGGCAUAUUUUGAGCAGAUGAGCACCAUGUACAAUAUCAAGCCAUCAUUUGCACAUUAUUGGUGCAUGGCCAAUCUAUAUGCAAGUGUUGGGCUUCUGGAAGAAGCUGAGGGUCUCUUAAGGAGUAUGCCGGAGGAGUUGAAGGCACAUGCGUUCGGUGGUUUGCUUGGGUUGUGCCGGUUCCGAGGGGAGUGGGAACUGGGGGAGCGGAUAGUCCUGAGGUUGAUUGAGUUGGAACCAAGGAAUAGUGUUCAUUACGCCCUGCUGUGCAAUGUGUAUGCUUGUGCGGGAAGAUGGGAAGACGCUCAUAGGGUGAAGGCUAUCAUAAAGGAAAGAGACAAGAAGCUUAGCCCUGGACAUCGUCUGGAGAACUUAAAUGGGAUUAUUAAUCAAUUUAGGGAGCGGCAACCUGAGAAUCUGGAAAUAUAUGCAAUCCUAGAUGACUUGGUGUCAAGGCUGAAAGUUAAGUAGUUAACAAGCAGAGGAAAUGAGCAAAUUGAAUCUGGAGUUAAGUACUAACACUCAUAUCUUGGGGGCAACUAGCCAAUGGCGUCACCCUUCUCUAAGCUGACAGGGGUCAGUGCCUUGUGGUGGUGGAUAGCUGUUGACGUCGCCCAACAGGUGGUUGUCAAAGCUGGUUAGCUGCUUCCUGGGACCUGGGCGGUGCCGUGCUGGCCAUGUCCGUGCAGCUGGGUGACCUCGGCCAUCAUGCCUAAUUUAAUGCCAACCAGACCCUCCUCUGUUCUAGGCUUUUUCUGUCGCUCUCAGAAUAAGAUUAGGAAGAGGAAGAAGGAUCAUAUCACCUUGACACUCCCCGGUACAUGCAAACAUUGAAGCUCUUGCUGUGCAAUUGAGCAUCUCGAUGUGCUCCUCUCAUCCAAGUGUUCACCUCAGGCAGAAGAUCAGGUAGCGCAGUUGAAUCAGGCAGUGGUAAACAGUAAGAUCACAUGUUCUGUCUGAAAAUCAGAAAAGAUUCGUAUCUGAGAUCUGGAAGAGGUUUCAGGAUGGUCAGUGCUUCUUUUCAAGGAUGGCUAAUGCUGCACUGAAUGAUUAUGCACUGAAAACUAGGCACUACAAGUUUGAAGUUACUUUUGUGGUGUGAAUCCUGAAGUUUCAGAAGAUAUCUUGAAGAAGAAGGUGGAUUUAUUUUGAUCCUAAAAUGGACUCAAAGAUGACUCAGAUGAAUCCGAUGGGUGAGGGUGAGGCUGCAUGAUAACACAUGGCACUUUAAUAUUGUAACUAUUUGAAAUGAUGGUCGUAACCAUUUGAAAUGAUGGUGUUGAUAUGUAUCAAUUAAUUUUUAUGAUCCUAUUUCUAAUUUACAAGGUCUGUGAAUUGAUAUGAAUUAGCUAUGGCGAAAUGAAACUAAGGACAAACAUUCAGUCAAUAAUAUAUAACAUGUGC